CGCUGGUGGCCCCGGGCAGCGCGGCAGCGGCAGCGGGUCCGGCGGUGCGGGGUCGCUGAGCGGCUCCCAGGCGGGCGCCAUCCGCUGCAUGCUGGCGAUGGGGCACUGGCAGGCGGUGCAGUCCUCCGUUGACGGGCUGCUGUCGCGCGGGUCCGGCGGACCCACGGGUCAGAAGCUGCUGGCCUCCCUGGGCGUGGCGGCCACCUGGCGCCUGGGCCGCUGGUCCAAGCUGCGCCAUUACCUGCGCUCCGCCGACCUGGCCGACUCGGAGCCCUGCGGCGGGGCCCCCGGGUCGGGCUCCUGCGGCGGCCUGAGUCCUGGCGACCAGUGGGAGCUGGACAUGGGGUACCUGCUGGAGGCCCUGCAGCGCGGCGACUGGCCCCGCGCGCGGCAGCUGCUGGAGGGCUACCGCGACGAGAGCAUGGCGGUGCUGCCGGCGCUGGCGCAGGAGAGCUACGUGCGCGCAUACCCGCACAUGGUGCGACUGCACAUGCUGCAGGAGAUGUCGGACGUGUUGACGCUGGUGGAGCCCGGGUCGCCCUGGGCGGGCCUCAGCGCGCUGGAGCGCUCCCGCCGGCUGCGCUGGUCGGAGCGCAUGGCGGCCGUACAGUCCUCGCUGCCCACCCAGGAGCCGCUGCUGGCGUUCCGGCGGCAGCUGUCCGCCAUCAUGGGCGACCGGGGCGCGGAGGCGGCUGCGUGGCUGGACACCGCCAAGCUGUGCAGGGCCAACGGCCACCUUGACGCCGCCACCAGUGCGGUGCUGGAGGCCACUGCUCGGGGCCUGGGGGCCGCCGCGGCGCUGGAGGCGGCCAAGCUGCUGCGAGCGCGCGAGGAGCACCACCGGGCGGUGGCGGAGCUGCAGACCGCAAUCACAAACCUCACCAACGCCAGUCUGACCUCCGCUGCCGCCGCUGCCGAGUCAAAGCGCCUGCUGGCCCGUCUGAAGCUCUGCCUGGCGCGCUGGUCCGCGGGGCAGGGCGGCUGCGCGCCCUCGGAGCUGCGGCGGCUGUUCGAGGAGGCGCUGGACGCGGACCGGGCCUGGGACAAGCCGCACUUCCACUACGCGCGCUACCUGGACCAGCUGUACCAGGACGCGCGGCGGCGCCAGACCAGCGGCGGCAGCCGGCAGCAGGGCGGCGCGGGGGGGCAGCAGCCCAGCGCGGGGCAGCAGGGCAGGGGCGGCGGAGACAGGUUCGGCGGUCGCGCCAAGGUGAGCACGGGCGAGGAGCGGCAGUACUUUGAGUACCUGCCCGACGUGAUCCGCCACUACGGGGAGGCCAUCACCAAGGGGCAGCGACACGUCAUGCAGGCCCUGCCGCGGCUGCUCACCCUCUACUGUGAGCACGGAAGCGACCAGAUAGCUCGCGGCCUGGCCCCGGGGUCGUACGGCGGCAGCAGCCGGGGUGCGGCCCCCGCGCCCCCGCGCACGGGUCGCGAGGCCCGCGCCGCCACGGAGGUCCACAACACCAUGAAGCAGCUGGCGGGCUCCUCGGUGGCGCCACCCAAGUGGCUGCUGGCGCUGCCGCAGCUCAUUUCGCGCAUCGCACACACGCACGCGGAGGUGGGCGAGGUGAUCCGGCUGGCGCUGGGCCGCCUGGCUGAGGCCUUCCCGCAGCAGGUGCUGUGGUCGGCGGCGGCGGUGUGCCGCAGCGCGGUGCCGCGGCGCCGGGAGCUGGCCAACGAGGUCUUCCGGGCGGUGGCCGCACAGGCCAAGCGUGCAGGCAACCACAGCCUCCUGACCCUGUUGGAGCAGUUCAGCAGCCUGGCGGACCAGCUCAUCAAGCUCUGCCACUGGCAGCCGCCGCCCAAGCGCCACAUCAGCGUGGUGUCGGCGCACCGCGAGUUCGAGCAGCUGGUGCGCAUGCUGCCCUGCGAGGUGAUGGUCCCCACCCAGGAGCAGUUCCGCUCCCCGCUGCCCCCCGCGGCGCUGGGAGGCGGCCGGGCGCUGCAGGACGCGCCCGCGGGUCUGCCUGCCUGCCCCUCGGGGGCGGGGCUGGUGCGGAUCGAGGGCAUCCGGGAUGAGAUGCCCGUCAUGCAGAGCCUGCAGAAGCCCAAGAAGCUGACCUUCCUGGGCAGCGACGGCGCGGAGUACUCCUUCCUUGCCAAGCCCAAGGACGACCUGCGAAAGGACUACAGGCUGAUGGACUUCGCGGGGCUGCUCAACGCGCUGUUCCUGGGGCACGACGCGUCGCGGCGCCGCGGUCUGCGGUUGCGCACGUACGCGGUGGUGGUGCUAACGGAGGACUGCGGCAUCCUGCAGUGGGUGAACGGACUGGUGCCGUUCAAGGCGGCGGUGGAGGACACCUACGCGGCGGAGCGGAUCAUCACUCGCAAGGAGCUGGUGCCCUGGGUCAAGAAGCUGUGGGAGGGGUGGCAGGAGCCGCAGAAGGCCAAGCUGCUGUCCAAGGCUCUGGAGCGGCUCCCCCCGCGCAUGCACCGCUGGCAGCUCACCAAGUUCCCCGAGCCCGCCACCUGGCUCAGCGCCCGAACCAGCUUCACACGCACCAAUGCGGUGUGGUGCAUGGUGGGCCACAUGCUGGGGCUGGGCGACCGGCACGGCGAGAACCUGCUGCUGGACACCACCUGCGGCGACACGGUGCAUGUGGACUUCGGCUGCCUCUUCGACAAGGGCCUUACCCUGGAGGUGCCUGAGAUGGUCCCCUUCCGCCUGACACAAAACGUGAUCGAUGGGUUCGGCAUCAGCGGUGUGGAGGGUGUCUACCGGCGCUGCGCAGAGACGACCCUCCAGGUGCUGCGGCAGCACCGUGAGACGCUGAUGACGUGCGCCGAGACGUUUCUGCACGACCCGCUGGUGGAGUGGGCGCGAACGUCACGAGGAGGCGUUGUAGUGCAGGAUGGAGGCAGCGAGGCGGAGAAUCCCGCCGCCAAGGACGCGCUGGCCACCAUUGAGGGGCGGCUGAGCGGCACGCUGCUGGGGGUUCAGAGUGUGCCGACACUGCAGCUGAGCUGUGAGGGCCAGGCGGCAAGGCUGAUUACGGAGGCUACCGACAAGGAAAACCUCGGCCGGAUGUAUGUGUGGUGGAUGGCUUGGUACUAGGUGCUCUGUGUGAAGAGAACAUUGCUAUCUGCGAGGUAGGUAACCCAUGUUAGUGGGUUACAAAUGAAGACCGUUUCCUUCGCAUGUUGUGAGAAAGCACGGCAACCCCAGGGGGUGCAGGAGCCGCAGCACGUUCCAUGCAUAGACCACAUCGCGCUGGGCAGGAUGCGCUUCUUGGGGUCUGAUGGUGCACCACCAUAGCCCCAUGGAACAUAAUGGAGUCGAAACCACUCGCCAAAAGUGAGACAGUCAACGUUUUGUCAACGUUGUUGUCUUGUCCGCUAUGGAGGAGGGUCGGAGGUUUUUGCGGGCUCGUGUGCGUGAGUCUGGUCCUGCAGGUGUUGUGCCAUGGCUCGGUGACCAGGCUUCCCUCUCUGCUGUUUCCUGGCUUGGGUCAGAGGUUUUGUUUGUUUGGGUGUUCCCUGUCGGGGGUGGGCUGCGGUCCCAUCCAUUCUUGUGUGUUUUUAUGGUGGGAGGCUUUAUGUGUUCAGUUGGAGUGUUCUGGUCGGCGUCGGUUUGAGUCCGCGAGGUAGGGUUUCUCUGUUGGGGGUUUUUAGGGCGGUGCGUUGUUGUUUUCGUACCGGUAUCUGGUUUUGUGGAGGUUUGGGGGCUAUGUGUGUUGGCGCUUUGCCUUUGUGAAUGCUUGCUGGGGUAUGCUGAAGGGUUUCACGGCUUGUACAUCUGUGCUGCCUCUCUUGAGGUUCCUUUUGG